AGAGGGACAGCAGCGCGAGAGCCGCAGACCGGACCGGACCCAGAGAGCGGCCGCCAGACCAGGCAAAAUCAGAAACCUCUUGAAGGAGCUGUAGACCUCAUGCUAUCAAAAGGUUUUUUUGCAUCAAGCCUUUAACUGAUUGAACUGUGAUGCUGUGCUAAAAUUCUAACAUCCCAGAUCAAUGAACUGAGAUGUCAUUUACUGCCAGUGUUUGCUCAGGCAUUGUCCACUUCGCUAAGUUGGUCUAACAUUCUGGGGAUCUGAUAUCAUCAAGUACAGCAAGCCAUGGGAGGAGCUGUAAGUGCUGGUGAGGACAAUGAUGAUUUAAUUGACAAUUUAAAAGAAGCUCAGUACAUUCGCACCGAGAGAGUGGAGCAAGCCUUCAGGGCCAUCGAUCGAGCAGAAUAUUAUUUGGAAGCAUAUAGGGAAAAUGCUUAUAAGGAUUUGGCCUGGAAGCAUGGCAACAUACACUUGUCGGCACCUUGCAUCUACUCCGAAGUUAUGGAAGCAUUGAAACUCCAGCCAGGAUUGACCUUCCUGAACCUUGGCAGUGGAACUGGCUACUUGAGUACAAUGGUGGGCUUAAUUUUAGGCCCCUUUGGAAUAAACCAUGGAGUUGAGCUGCAUGCUGAUGUGGUAGAAUACGCCAGACAAAAGUUGGACACUUUUGUAAAGAACAGUGACAGCUUUGAUAAGUUUGAAUUCUGCGAGCCUGUCUUUGUGGUUGGGAACUGCUUAGAAGUUACAUCAGACAAUCUUCAGUAUGACCGGGUUUAUUGUGGAGCUGGAGUGCAAAAGGAUCAUGAAAAUUACAUGAAAAUCUUUUUGAAAGUUGGUGGAAUUCUUGUUAUGCCUAUGGAAGAUCAGCUUACCCAGAUAAUACGCACGGGACAGAACACAUGGGAAACCAAAAAUAUAUUGGCUGUUUCAUUUGCUCCUCUGAUCCAACCAAGCCGGACAGAUAGCUUAAAAUCAGACAAUGUAGGGCUACCGUCAGCAUCUGUGCGAUGCCUUCAGGAUUUGGCACGAAUUUACAUUCGGCGCAAUCUUAGAAACUUGAUAAAUCAGGAGAUCCAGGCCAGGGGCAUUCCUCCGAGGGCCCCACCAAAGCGGAAACGCAAGAAGCUCCGGAGGCGCAGAAUUGAUACUUAUGUGUUUGUUGGCAACCAGUUAAUUCCUCAGCCAUUUGAUAGCGACGAGGAUGAUAAAAUGGAAGAAGGGAACAGAGAGGAAGAAGAGGAGGAGGAGGAGGAAAAAGAAAUUUCUGAAGGUCUCAAGCAGGAAGAGUCUACCCCAAGUCUGCUGAGAGAGAGAAUUAUGAGUCUCCCACUACCGGAAUCAUUAAAAGCAUACCUAACUUAUUAUAGACAAAAAUAGCAUUGAACCAAUGGUGACCCUAAGGGGAACAAUGCCCACUGAAAUCUCUCUCUCUCUCUCUCUCUCGAGUUGUCCAAUGUAGCAUUUUCUAGACCAAUCACUCUCAAUAUAGACCGUUAAUGGAAACACAAAGGUUCUGACAUUACAACUAAUAAUUACAACUAUAAUAAUAGAUUUGGCCUGAAUACACAGAGCAUAGAAACCUUAAAGCGUUUCUUUACUGGCACAGUUUAGGUGUGUUCAGAUACUGGGUAAUAGUAAAUAUAAAGGUUCAGGCACCACAUUCUUUCAGCCCCUAUAUAUCAUUCUUGUGGGACUUAUAUUAGCACAAUAAGUAAGCAAGGAUAUAAAGAAUUUCACAUUUUCUAUUAGGAGGUGAAAAGUAGUUUAUUUUUAAAGGUGGGUAAAAAUUUUAAAUAUUUGAGUAGUGCACACCAUUUGAUACACUUUUGUAGUGAAUCAGAUUUGCUAGAGCAAUUAGCAAGUUUUACUAUUACUAUUUUUCUGUUAAGUCCUGUAUGUGUAAGCUGUACUAUAUACCACAUAUGUCAGCGGUAUAUCUGUUAACUUCUGCAGCCGUAUCAACUCAAUUCAAUAUGGUAAAGCAAGAUGUAAGUAUGGGCUUUUGAAAUAACGCAGUUCAAAAGUGUCCACAGAUGGGAUCUAAGAUUGUGACAAUUUCAAAGGGAAUUUAUUAACUGAGGAACACCUUAACUAACAUUCAAGUCAGGUUUCUGUCCAGCAACCGGAAGUACAUCACACUGCCUCACAAUUUGUGUUGGAGGGCAUUCCUUAAUUAAGCAAUCCCAUUUGAGAUUGUGUUGUUUUAGACACCUGAUUAGUAACACAGGAGCAGUUAGUUGUAGCAUCACUACUUUACUUUUGAGUAUAAAUUGCAGCAAUAAAAUCUUCCACCACAAGAGGUAUGUCACGCUGACCUGUAGGAAUUGGUCACUGUGUCCAACAUACAUAUAUCUCCAGAGUGGAUUUCCAGGUCAGAAAUCCAUGUGAUGCAUUUCUAAUUAUUGGAUGGAAUGUGGUUUUUUUUUGCAACUUGGGAGUUGUUGCCAAGCGGAUUCUCAUUACAAGUUGCUGCAUUUUAGACCCCAAUGUGUGGAUUGUCUUUAAUUAAUAUCUGGCAGAUCAUGCAUUGACAGAGGUAACCAACUGUGGUUCCAUAGUCCAAUUACUUGUACGUGGAUGUGCAGUGCUUAACUUAUGUUAUGCUUGUAUAGCAAAUGCACUUUAGAAUUUUGGAAACUUGUUUGCCAAGAUGUUUAAGCUUUUUGACAAAAAGUUGCAUUACGACUAUAUUUUCUGAACUUUUGUUCUUGCAGUGUGAGAACAAUGACAGUUAUCUCAAUGUCGCUUUGGAAUUAUUUUCGGGAUAGUAGGUAUCCCAAUAAACCAAACUCUCUGGGACCUUGAGGAUCAUGUAGCCAAAUUGUCAGAAUUGUUAAGCAGGUUAGUACAGUACCCCAUAGCCAAUGAUGUGCUUACUGUAGGCCUCUGCUCCAUUGCGCCUCUCCUGAAUCUUUAGGUACUGUUUACGUGUACAACUCUGCGAGAGGGCACUGACUGAUCUUUUAUUGAUACUGUGUACAAUAGGUUAUAAUGAUGUACCAGCAUUAUAAAUCCAGGGUGGAUUGUGAUCUUGGUGAUAAUACAUCGAUGGAGUGAUAUUCAGGUAAAUAUUAAACUUUUGUACAGACAUGUUGGGGGGAGGGGGAGGGGGAACUUUUUUUCUGCACUAUCAAUUGAUCUAUUAAAAACAGUAGCUAAACAAGCAAUAGAUGUAUUUUCAUAGGUGUGUAAUUUUGUGUAACGUUUUGGUCGAGAUAUGAAUUCAUGUUUAGAAGCGUUUACUUUGCUGUUGAAAAUGUGGUUUAAGUUUGUUUCCUUUUAUAGAAUUACUAAUAAUAAACUCACAGUAGUAGUUCUAUGAAAAUCGGUUUGAAUAAAUAACUGAUUGCUUCUGUAUACAGUGAUCAUUGGGAAAAUAUUUUUCAAUAAAAUUCAUACGCUUUAUCAUAA